AUGUUUCUUUGUUUGGUGGCUCUAUGCUUUAUUGCACUCGCUCUCGUGGCGAUUAGUAUACGUGAUAGGCCAACCGGCGAUAGCCUGGGGUCAGCUAUGGAGCAAGCGAUGCGGCUGGGACCUACGAUCUAUCCUAUCCUCUUCGCUGCUCUACUCUCACGCUCCCUCAAGAGCAUCGGGCGAUAUUGUGCCCAACGAUCCGUUCGGAUGUCGACCUUAUGGGCCUUGAUGAACACCAAUGCUACCGCAGACCCCAUCUUACACCUUACCAGCAUGCCUGCGUCGAUCCUCGUCUGGAUGUUAUUGGUGCUAUGGGCCAUGUCGCCGCUCGGAGGCCAAAGCACUAUCCGCCUGAUGUACACAACUAAUACGACUGAUGUGAGCCACACAGAGCUGCGGUACUGGGACAAUGGCCCUUUGGGCAAUAUGUUUUUUUAUGCAGGUAUCAUGGUUGGGAACGACGGCAGCUGGCCCACGUCGAUGCGCGAUAUGUAUGCCGCUAGCAUGAUGCAGAGCACGAAUAUCAAAGCCGGGCCGCUUGACCAAUGGGGGAACGUGAAGAUCCCGCGCAUUGAAGCUGGAAAUGCCUCUGCAGCCAGCGCCGAUGGCUGGAUGCCCGUCCCAGCCGCAAACAGUAUCGACUCAUUCACGUCCCUGUUCGGCAUGCCUAUGGUUGGUCUCGCCGAAAUCAAGCAGCAGGGAGAUAUCAACUUCACGAUUGAGUCGACAUACGUGGAGGUGUCCCAUCCCACGACGUUCCAGCGAAACAGAACCCUAGACCAGCUGUAUGGGAUGACCCUAGAGUGUGUGGACUGCUAUAUGUCCCAAGGGCUCUCAGGGUUUUCGAUCCGCGCACAGAGGUUUCUCGGGCUGCCCGUUCCUGAAAGAGAGAAGAGGCUCAAUCCGAACACGGCGAAUUAUACGGACGCACGUACCCUGCGCUUCAACAACAGCGUCGAAAUCUGGACCACAGUGACGACUUGCCAGGUGACCCAGCGAAUGGUCGAAGCCCUAAUCGAGUGCAAGGACGGGAACUGCGCCGCGACCAAAGUCCGGGAGUCAACCACGGACCACCGCGACAAGAACUACACCAGCUUCGACCUCUGGGCGUGGCUCGUUCUCCAGAUGAUCAGCGGAGCUAGCUCACAGCAGCCCGCACGCGAAGUGAGCUGGGGCACGGCGCCAACGGGCCUCUUCCUCAACGACUCACAAGCAUUCCCCAUGCAAUCAGGAAUGGACUACUCUAAAACAGACGUAAACUUCACCGCCAUUGACCCAGAUGUCUUCUCAGCUAGAGUCUCCAUCCUCCUGAACACAGGCCUCCAGGCGUUCAUGGCUCCAACCGGCUUUGCAGGCGACCUGCCAACCAACUUUAGCUUAUAUGGCCCGCCACAUAUACCUGGCAACGGCCUACUAGCAGUCGCGAACCAAUCUUCAUACGAUACAGGGCUUUACACAGCGUGGUACCCACCAAAGACCGUCGGAAGGCUGGUCGAUGACCUCGCGCCCUUCGUCGGCGCCUCGACAAACGCCACAGUAGCCCACUACACUGAGGUCUGGCGGCCUGACUACGCCUGGGCAGCUAUCCUCAUCGUAUCAUCAGUCCUCUUAUUCGGGGUUGGAGUCGCAGGAAUCUGCGUCAGGUUAAAGACGUUGGCGCCGAAUAUGUUCGAUCCCGUUGUUGGGCUGACCUACGGGAAUCCGUACAUGUCGUUGACGGGGAGGGACAACGAUCCAAUCGAUGCAGACGAACGAGCUAGCAUCAUCCGCGACAAGACGGUCCAGUUAGGAGAGGUCGAUGACUAUAAGGGGGUUAAGGUUGUCUUUGGUGAGGCGAGCUAUGUUACACCGCUGCGGUUGGGCGUGCCGUAUCAUUGA